AUGGGAUGGAUACAUGAUCCGGUUGCGAUUUUUGGGGAUCUUAAGCUUUUCUCGGAGUGUGAACCUCCGAAGAACGGGACUGCUUCUGAAAUGUGUCUUUACUUGACUAACAAUUGUCCGGAUUUAAGCUACCUUUACCAAAGGCAAUACUACUGUAUGAAUGUGGACUAUCCAAUUAUGUCGAAUGUUUUGUUAUGGGUUACGAAUUCGAUCCUAACUGGGCUGUUGUUUUUGAUCUUAGGUUUGUUGGCUUCGGAUUACCUUGUUCCCAAUCUUUCCUCGUUGUCUGACUUACUCAAACUAAAUGAAAAGUUGUCCGGACUAACAUUGCUAGCUUUUGCCAAUGGUUCUCCUGAUGUCUUAUCCACUUAUAUUGCAAUGAAACAGGGAAUGACUUCAAUGGCCGUAGGUGAAUUGCUUGGUUCGGCUAAUUUUGCAUUGACCGUCGUUAUUGGUGUUUUGGCUAUUUAUAAACCUUUCAGAGUGAAUGAAACUACUUUCAUGAGGGACUUGAUUGUGUUUUUUCUACUGAUGGUCGUUUCUUUGUUUAUCUUGUUUGACGGCAAAAUUUCAGUUUCAGAGUCGAUUACGUUGUGCAUAUUAUACAUUGUUUUCAUAGUGCUGAAUUUUUUAUUUACCGAUGAUGAUGGAAACGAAAUAAUCGAAGGAUACGACAAAAACAAUACAGACAAUAAAUGCCCCAUGAAUGUCGGAGAUGAUUGUUUGAAUCCUUCACCUAUAGGUGAAACUUUGAGUGAUAGGCCCGAAAACUCCAGUACGAAUUCCAUGGCUUCAAAUGAAUCUAAUACAAGUGUCAAUGAUUAUUACUUUGCACAUAACGUUGAUAAUCUAGAAAGAGGUAGAGGUUACAAGAUUGCACUAAUUGAUUCGCUUCGUUUGGCAUGGUUGUGGAAACGUAAAGAAAUAAAAAAUAUACCCCUCCAUAGUCAAAGUAUUAAUAUCAACACAGACAUCGAGAACCAGAGUGAGGCAGAUGAACUUGCCCCACUCCAUUCCCCUUCUUCUCAACAAAUCAAAAUUACACAGCAUGUUUCAAAAGAUGACGAAGAGGAUAUAAAUAAAUUAGACGAGCCUCUUCAACUAAAAACAGACACAGAUAAGAAAAAGUCGGAAAUUCAUAAGUGUGCUAUCGAAGAUUCUACAGCUAAUUCACUUAAUGAUAGAACUAUCUAUAGCAGUGCCUCUUUAGGUCUAAAUAGAACAAAUUCUACAAAGAAAAUUCGCAACAAGGAUGAGUAUCAAAUUCUCUAUCCAUGCAAGGCUUAUGAUCCUUCGAGAAAUAACUCCCUCAUCAAUAUAAAACAGUACUUUCAAAACCAAGACAAACCGACAUCGUCGACCCCUCCUCUAUCUGACGUUGAACCUUUCAGAGGUAAAUUUCAAAUAAUUGAAGAAAAUGAUGUUGGUUCAUUUGCAAGUGAAGUACAUAGAGUUGGUGCAAGAGAAUCAAUGAGUGAAGGUUACCUAAGUCCGCACAGUUACACUAAAAACAUCACAGGUAAUGAUGAUACCAUGACAUGUUCUAGAAGCCCAAGCCCAAUGAUCAGGGCUAACCCACCGUCACUUACAUUAAUACCUUAUGUCGAAUAUACAAAGAACAGCAUGUUUACAAAAUUGUGUCCUCUUCAAAUCUAUACGAGUUCACUAGCGCCUCACGAAACAAUUUUAUCCUUUCUUAUUAUCCCAUUAAGUAGCAUCUUGAACCUGAUUGUUCCUGUGCCUUUACCAUCAGAACUACAGGGAGAUAUUUUGAAGCAUGAAUUAGAAAUCUCAACUAAUUUAUUCCACAUACAAAUCGGAGUUUUCCCUUUAAUAUUAUUUGAUUUUGAUAUGUCAUUUACUGUUAUAGCAGCUGCAAUAACGUUACCACUGCUUUCCAUACUCUUCAAGAAGGUUGUACCUAGUAUUUAUCAAAUUUCAUUCACCCCAGUCUCUUCGGUAGUCGGAUUUUUUGUGGUCUUGAAACUCAUAACAUUAACGGCAGCAGGAAUCAUUGCUAUUCUUAAAGAUAUUGCAGAAAUCUAUUCAUUAAAUGAAUCGAUUUUGGGAUUGACUGUACUUUCAUUAGGAAACAGCAUCGGUGAUGUCGUCACCAAUCUGGCAUUGGCUGGUUUGGGUAGGCCUUUAACUGGAUUACAUGCAUGUUUUGGAAGUCCUCUGCUCUAUAUACUUUUUGGUAUUGGCGCUUGCUCUCUAAUCAUUCAGCUAUCUAAUAAUCACAAUUCAUACAUUGAGUUCACUGUUGAUGGAAGUUUACAAUUAACCGCUUUAAGUAUAAUUAUGAUGUUGUUCUUUUACAGUGUCAUGAUACCCUUCAACGGGUGGAUGUUUAAGAGGUGGAUGGGGUUUGUCGGAGUUGCACUAUGGUUUAUUCUUACAAUUGCGAACUUUGUUAUUAAUGGACAUAAAGGGAUAUAG